CAUCAAAUUGCUCCAUUCUCCUAAGCACUACUUAUAAUAGUACAAUAAUUACUCCAUAAUCUCUCCCAUUUUCUACCUUUUCACACAAACAAAACCCCUUUUUCUCCCCUUUUUUUUCUCCUCAACUUUCUGUCACUCUCUAUGUUCUCUUUUCCUCUCUUCAAAAUUUCUGUCUUUUUUUCCCCCACUGUGUAAACUCAGCCAACCUCCCCCCCGCCCCUAUGCCUCCAGUCAUUUGUCUUCUACUACCAUUUCCCCACUGACCAAAUACCCAAAAAAGAAUCUUGCUGAAAAAUCUCAGACCCUUCACAAACAACAUAACAUACAAUUCACGAAGAAAUAACAUAAACCAAAAAACAAAAAACUCAACAGUUAGUAACUCCUUCUUGAUUCUUGAUUCAGUGGAAAAAGUACCCCUUAUUCUUAUCAUAAAGAACUCAUUUUUCCUUGAAAAAAAAAAAAACAUCUGUUUACAAUGGGAGUUCCUUUUUUCUUCAUCUGUUUCUCAGCUCUGCACUACUUAGGAUCUUCUUCUUGAUUCAGUAGCAAAAAUAUUUGUUUCCUUAAAAAAAAAAAAACAUCUGUACACAAUGGUGUUUACCUUUUUCUUCAUCUUUUUCCUCUGUUUCUCAGCUCAGUACUACUACUUAUCAUUUGCCACCACCACCAACCGCCGUGUUCUUCAUGAACCUUUAUACCCCAUAACCACCCCACCACCUACCCAACCUCCUACCCCCUCGCCCCCACCCCACACUGAAUAUCCAUUUCAAGGCUCUACUCCUCCUCCCAAUGAUAACAACAAUAAUGAUAAUAAUAACCCAUUUUUCCCAUCUUACCCUUCUGAUAUUUCUCCACCACCACCCCCACUACCCCCUACAGAUACUUCUUCAGUUCCAGCAAAUGUUUCUUCCAUUAUACUCCCAAACACUACCUCCAAAACCAAACCUGUUUCCUCUAAACUCAUUAUAGCUGCCAUUAUCUCAGUUCUUGCAGCUAUUAUUGUUCUUUCCAUCACUAUCUUCUUACAUAUACGUAAAAAAAGAAAACAAAAUGACCCCAAAACUCAAACAUCCAAUAAUGGGUUUCAUCGUGAUAGUGCUAAAAAUGAUGGUAAUAUUCCUGUUCCUAAGCUUCAAAGACCAUCUCAAACUAGUUCAGAGUUUCUUUAUUUGGGUACUUUAGUAAAUUCACAUGGUGAAGUUGAAACACAUAAUCCUCAAAACCGUAGUACUAAUAAUAACCCUAACCCUAGUUCUGAUAGAAAAGCGGAUUCACCGGAGCUCCGUCCAUUACCGCCGUUAAUUGGACGGAAUAAUAAUAAUAAUAAUGUAAGACAAAAUUACGGAAGUACCCGGUUUUUUUCCGGUUCAGCUGAGAAUGACGUGGAUUUUUACUCUUCAGCUGGAUCGAUAGGUGGGUCAUUGUCAAGAAGAGAUUUUAAUGCUGUUGAAGCUGAGAAAUUUGAUAGUUCAUCUUCCGGGUCGGGUACAUCAUCGAGUUCCGGGUCGGGUUCACCGGCCCGGUCUGUUUCGUUAAGCAUUUCGCCAACUGGGAGUUUGAGUCCGAAAAGGGAAAGUUCAUUUAGACCCAAGUCGCCGGAUUUGGUAGCUGUUAACACCGCUUUGCCACCUCAGUAUCCACCUCCUCCGCCCCCACCGCCACGUCAUCCUCCACCAGCGCCACCUGCGAAGAAUGUGGAAAGCCCGAAAAUACCCUCGGGUUUAUCGUCAAAGGCAGUGUUUGACAAUUCAGCUCCUUUGAAACCCAUAGCAAUGGAGUUGCCUUGUAUUGAGAAGAAUGAGGCGGAGGUGAAACCAAAGUUGAAAACAUUGCAUUGGGAUAAAGUGAGAGCAAGUUCGGAUCGGGAAAUGGUGUGGGAUCAACUCAAAUCAAGCUCAUUUAAGUUGAAUGAAGAGAUGAUAGAGACAUUGUUUGUUGUGAAGACUCCUACUUUGAAUACAAACGAAACAGCUAGACGCGCUGUUCUUCCUUCACCGAGAGAAGAGAAUAGGGUACUUGAUCCAAAGAAGUCGCAGAACAUUGCAAUUUUGCUGAGGGCCCUAAAUGUAACCACAGAGGAAAUAUGUGAAGCCCUUUUAGAAGGAAAUGCUGAAAAUAUUGGGAGUGAGCUUCUUGAGAUAUUGUUGAAGAUGGUUCCAUCCAAAGAAGAAGAACGUAAGCUAAAAGAAUACAAAGACGAUUCUCCAUUCAAGCUCGGGCCAGCAGAGAAGUUUCUGAAAGCAGUGCUUGAUAUACCUUUUGCAUUCAAAAGGGUAGAUGCUAUGCUGUAUAUGUCAAAUUUCAAUUAUGAGGUUGACUACCUCAGAAAGUCAUUUGAAACUCUAGAGGCAGCUUGUGAAGAGUUGAGAAGUAGCAGAAUGUUCUUAAAGCUUCUAGAAGCAGUGCUGAAGACAGGAAACCGAAUGAAUGUUGGGACAAACAGGGGUGAUGCUCAUGCCUUCAAACUGGACACACUGCUAAAGCUUGUAGAUGUCAAGGGAGCAGAUGGGAAAACAACUCUUUUGCAUUUUGUGGUUCAGGAGAUUAUAAAAGGUGAAGGUGCUCGUCUUUCUGGAGGAAAUCAGAAUGAACAGUCUACCACUAAUGAUGACAUUAAGUGCCGGAAACUUGGCCUCCAGGUUGUUUCCAACAUUAGUUCAGAACUUAUAAAUGUUAAAAAAGCUGCUGCCAUGGAUUCAGAAGUGCUACACAGCGAUGUUUUAAAGCUUUCUAAGGGGAUUGGAAACAUUGCUGAGGUUGUAGGAUCGAUUGAAGCAGUUGGAUUGGAGGAAAGCAGUACUAAAAAAUUCUCCGAGACCAUGAACAGGUUUAUGGAAGUAGCUGAAGAGAAGAUUAUAAGGCUCCAAGCUCAAGAAGCGUUGGCCAUGUCUCUGGUGAAAGAAAUAACCGAGUAUUUCCAUGGAGAUUCAGCUAGAGAAAAUGGUCACCCUUUCAGAACCUUCAUGGUGGUCAAAGACUUCCUAAUGAUUCUUGAUCGGGUUUGCAAGGAAGUCAGAAUGAUCAAUGAGAGGACAGUAGUUAGUUCGGCGCAUAAAUUUCCAGUUCCAGUUAAUCCAAAUCUACAGCCUGUCGGGUACACAGCUAAACGGCAGCAUAGUUCCUCUGAUGAGGAAUGUUCCUUUCCUUAGUAGCCACAUAUUUGGUCAUAACGGGCGACCCCUAGUUUUUGCUUUUGGCCAAAACCAAUGUAAUCUACUAUAAAGGCCUUGUAGGAGUUUGUCCGAGAUUGCGCACCACGAAUUUUCGGGUAGAUGUGAAUGAACUCUUUGUUUCUUUUUGUCUGUUGUAGUUAUAUAGAUAAUUGCAUAAGAUAUUGGAAAUUCUUUAUCCUUUUGAUAUGUA